UAAACCCAUUAAAUCUGGAAAAGAUUUGCAGAUUUUCUGCUUUCUGAUAAUAUUUUAAAAUGCUCCAGAAUAUAAAUAACAGUGGAAUGCUGAGUUGGUCCACGAUUCUCGUGGGUGUGGGAUUUAUAUUCUUAGAACUGUUUGUGAGAUCAACAAAUGCCGAGUAUAUUUCGCACUUCCAUCAACAUAACUUUUCCUGUGUGGACUGGAAGCAAGCACCAGAAGCAACAGCUGGUAAUUGUACUAGAUAUGGAAGUUAUGGUGCGCUACGUUGUUAUGGUGGCAUGAAUAAUCUGCCAUCAAUACCCGAACAAAAAGUGCGUAAACUUGAAGAGAUUAUAUUUUGUGGUUGGCCGGAAAAUGUAUUCAAUCCCCUUAUUGAUCUGCAACCUUUUCCGAAAAUCCGUACUUUAACAAUUGAAUACAGCAAUUUUACCGAAAUUAUAUUUGAUUUUCCUGAAAUGUUUUAUUUGCAAACUAUCAAUAUAUCUUGGACCAAUUUAUCGCAUAUUAGCAGUCGUACUUUUAAACGGGUACAUACGCUUAAAGUAGCUGAUUUGCGCUGGAAUCAAUUAAUACAAAUGGAAGGUCCACUUAUAUUGCCGCGUUACUUUGAAAAACUCUAUUUGGCUGGUAAUCCUUGGAACUGUACGCGUAAUUUUAAAUGGUUACUUCUACCAGAACAAGGGGCUGCAGUAGUUGAUCGUGGUGAAUUGCUAUGCGCCGAUCGCAAAUAUAAAGAUCGCCUUAUGUUGGCAGUUAUGCAUUAUAAAUUGUUAUUGAAAGAAGAAUGUCAGUCACACCCUGACUUACAAAAUUGUACUUGCAUUAUGCAUCAUAUAAUACCGAAGUCCCACAUACCACUUUAUACUGUCAACUGCUCCAAUUUGAAUUUCCAACGGCUGCCCGCAUACAUACCAGCAAAUACGACUAUGCUCUUCCUUAACAAUAAUCAGAUAACAGAUGUCUUACCUUUGCGUAAUAAUGUUAAUUACCGUCAUGUAGUGGAUGUACAUUUGGACAAUAAUCUUGUUGAAAGUAUUGAUGUCCUCGAAGGAGGCUAUUGGCUCGAGCACUUUCGUCUAUUAAGUUUACGUGGCAACAAGUUAAGAAAGUUGCCAGUGUAUGCUUUGGAUAACGCCUUGGAAGAUAAUGCAAAUGCAAAUCUUUUACUUCUUAGCAUGAAUCCGUGGUUUUGUUCGUGUAAAUUUGCGAUGAGCUUUCGGGAGACUCUUAUUAAAUAUAAUUCCAUUUUACGUGAUUCUUGGAAUAUAACUUGCACUUACCAACAAGGAGAUGAUCUAAGGCAAGCGAAAGUGUUAUCCAUAACACGACAAGAUGUUUGCAAAUUAAAUGAGGAUCCGAAAGUACAUCCAUUGGAUAUGCUGAAUGGUGUUUUAGCUAGU